UUGCCUAGCAGCAACAUUUAUAAUUUACUUUUUUUUGUUUGAAAUUUUCGGAUAAACUAAAUUUCGGUUUUAUUAAAGGCCGAACCGAAUAUUUUGCAAAUUUUAUAAUUGACUCUUUUUGGCAACUCCAAAUUAUACAAUUUUAAGAUGAGCAUCGAUAUUUCGUGGCUCUGAAUGAUAAUUGAGUGCAGCAAAAAAGUUUUUGCUAAAACAACAACAACAACAAUACCGACACCGACGACAGCAAGGUUCUUAGUCAUUGCCCGGCUUGUAUAUCCCCCCCUCCGCCUUGCCUAUGCUUUUAGCAGUGCAUCGUCUAUUGUGAAUCAUAAUUUGUGAAUCGUUUUGUUGUUACUGCUGUGAUCUCGCGCCAGUUCCAGCUCCGGCCGCCGCACAAUGUCCAAACACGGUGCCGUUAUCUUGAGCAGCCUUCGCCAGCUCCUGCGCCGCUCCAAUGUGCGUCAGUUCGAAUGCUGCGGCAAGCGUCUGACGCCGGUGACCACGACUCUCGCAACGUUGCACUUAUGGCCUGGCCAUGAACAACAGCAGCACAGAACCUUCAGUUCGUCAAGUCAUUCGGAUGAUGAUGAGAAGUUGCGGAAAAAGCUCGACAAGCACGAAAAAGCAUCACCGACCACUGAUGAUGUCAGUCUGGAGUAUAUCAAUGGCAUGCCUCAUUUGACAGUUCGCCUGCCAAGUCGCAAUGAGCUGUGCCAGUUCGCCUUGAAGCCCAUCUCGCACACCGUUGGGAAUCUGCUGACAAUGCUCAGGGAGGAGGAUCGGGGCAUAGAUCGUGCUGCGGUUAUCAACAAGCACGGCGUGCGCAUUGCUUCCUCCUGCACCAUUGAACGAUUGCUGGACGAUGAAUUCAGUAUACAAAUAAACAAUCGCAAUUUGGAUGUGAAGCCGCCAGAACGCGAAAAGAUCACGACGGAGAAGAUUGACAAGAUGGACGAUGUGCGCAAGAUCAUAGCACAGCUCUACGAGGCCUUCAAUGUGGGCGAGUAUCAGCUGGAGAAGAGCAAUCAAUUGGCCAAGGAACUGGAAAACCUGCGUUACGAACUGGAGCCGCUAGAGGAGAAAAAAAUGGAGCUGGUUAAAAAUGCUGAGCGCCGAACCAAUAUGAUGACCUGGGUGGGCCUGGGUCUAAUGUCCGUGCAAUUCGGCAUACUCGCGCGCUUGACCUGGUGGGAAUACUCUUGGGAUAUUAUGGAGCCGGUGACCUAUUUUGUCACCUAUGGCACGACAAUGGCCAUGUACGCCUACUAUUGUGUAACCAAGCGAGAAUAUAUCAUGGAGAAUGUAUAUAAUCGCCAGUACUCGCUGAACAUUUAUAAGAAUGCCAAAAAAGUUCAGUUCGAUGUGGAACACUAUAAUCGACUGAAGCGCAGAUCUGCGGAAUUGGAAUAUAAUCUGAGACGUCUCAAUGAUCCCAUCAAUAUGGGUCUGCCAGCUCAUUUGGUGCGCACCCAGCUGGAUUCACCACCUAUUGAAGAGAGCAAUGGAACGGAAAAGUGUAAAGAGAAAAGUACUUAAGAACCUCGUGGCUAGCUUCUGCUCUUCUAGACGUCGGAACAGAGACAACAGACCAGAGAGCACAUGUAAGGGAUGAAGAGAAAGCAUGGGAACGAAGGGAAAGCUGAAGUAGCCACCUAUAAAAAAUGAAACUCAAAUCUAUAUUUAAACACUCGCAAGCUCUCAAUCAAUCAACUCGUCAUUUAGCCAAUGUUGUCGUACAGUGAUCGAAAUUAUAGUCAACUCCAUAUAGAUAUAUUCAGCUAUGGUUUUAUAUGUUUUGCUCUUACUUAAUUGUUCAUUCGUUUGUUGAGUGUACUGUCCUUUUCUGUUAACUGAAUGUUUAGUUAGUUAUUUUUUAAUUUUUAGCCUAAGCCAAAGUUUUAAUGGGCCCAGAAAGCGCACAAAUUUCACAAAUGACGUCAUCUGCUAAAGGUGUUUGCUUGACUUUUGUUUAGUUAUUUAUUUAAUCAGUGAUUUGUUUUUAAGCAUCAACUGUGUGCGUUGUGAAAGUUCUAGUAAAAUAUAUGAU